AUGGCCUACUGCGAGGCCUCCCAGACGCAGGAGCCGGGCACCGCGGCCUAUGCUGGAGACUUCGGCUUCAAGGUUCUCACCUCCAGCGACCCGGCCGAGAAGACCAAGAAGCUGAGUGCCGAGUUGGCAAAUGGCCGACUGGCGAUGAUGGCCAUCAUCGGCAUGUUCUUCCAGGAUGGACUCACUGGCAGUGCCUGGGGUGAUUGGGCCAACUACACCGCCUCGCCGCUGCGUGCCUUCGAGAACGAGCUCGGUGUCCAGGAUCCUGUUGGAUUUUGGGACCCCGCCGGUUUUACGGCCGACGGAAGCGUGGAGGACUUCAAGCGUCGUCGCCAGACUGAAAUCAAGCACGGCCGCAUCGCCAUGCUCGCGACAAUGGGAUACAUCACGCCAGAGAUCACGGGCAAGUUCCCAGGUUUUCUGUCGCCAUCAGCAGGAUUGAAGUUUGCCGAUGUCCCCAAUGGCCUUGCAGCCAUUUCCAAGGUUCCUGCCGCAGGGUGGGGACAGAUUCUGGCGUACAUGGCCUUCUGCGAGGUCUCUCAGGAUCAGUCUGCCGGAACUCCGGCCGCAGCCGGUGACUUCGGGUUCAAGGUCUUGACGUCCAGCGACCCCGCUGAGAAGACGAAAAAAUUGUCAGCGGAGUUGGCCAACGGAAGGCUUGCAAUGAUGGCCAUCAUCGGCAUGUUCUUUCAGGACACGUGA